GGCACCUGCUUCCUGACCACUCGGCAGACGCUCUGCAGGGACCCCAAGUCCUUCCUCUUCCGCCUCUGCCAGGCCGACCCCGACCUGGACUCGGACAAGGAUGAAACAGGUGCCUAUUUAAUAGACAGAGACCCGACCUACUUUGGGCCAGUGCUGAACUAUCUCAGACAUGGGAAACUGGUUAUUAACAAGGACCUAGCUGAGGAAGGUGUACUGGAAGAGGCUGAAUUCUACAAUAUCACAUCACUAAUAAAACUGGUAAAGGACAAAAUAAGAGAAAGAGACAGCAAAAUCUCACAGGUGCCAGUCAAACAUGUGUACAGGGUGCUGCAGUGCCAGGAAGAGGAACUUACUCAAAUGGUUUCCACAAUGUCCGAUGGCUGGAAAUUUGAACAGCUGGUCAGUAUUGGUUCUUCCUAUAACUAUGGCAAUGAAGAUCAGGCUGAAUUUCUGUGUGUUGUCUCAAAGGAAUUGCAUAACACUCCCUAUGGCACAACCAGUGAACCCAGUGAAAAAGCAAAGAUUUUGCAAGAACGAGGUUCCAGGAUGUGAAGACAGUAUUGAACGGUGACAAUUUUUUCUCUUUUAUUCCAAGACGCAGUGAAUUGUCACACUGAAGAGGCUCGGCUGCAAAAGAAAAAAUCUGAUUUAGACAAUUUUCUGUUGAUCUGGGUUCAACCAUUUUUGCCUAUAAGCUGGUGUCAACCGGCUGAAAGCAUUGCAAGAUUACAUAAUGGGAAUAGAUGGUGUGGGAGUGUGUGUUAAGUUUUGGUUGUAGUGCAUGGUUGUACUUUCUCGUGGGCUGACUGACACUGGUCAUUUGAAAAGAAAUGACCAUGCACUCAUAUUUUCCUCUGAGACAUGUAGCACUUAAUGUCUGGUGCUGGAUGACCCAAUGUUGAUCAGUUCGGAGACGUUUUCCUACUAAGCAUUGUAAACUUUUAAGGACAAUGUAAUUGGUGCUACACACACACACACACACACACACACACACACACAUUACAGCCCACAAAUGCAAAGAUUUGGGCCUACAUUGUUUCCGAAUCAGCGGCAGCCCCAGUUGACUGUGUUAUACUGCACAUUCCUUAUGGCUCUGUGACAUACUCUAUUGUGUAAUAACAGAGAUCAACUGAAACUAGCACGUAAAAAGUUACACAACAGACAAAAGGUUUCUCUAAAGGAAGG